AUGUAUCGUGGAGAAGUGGCCAAUAUCUCAAUUUUUUCUAGUCUUUUAUAUUCGUUUCUAAUAUGCAAUAUACUGAUUGUAUUGAGAUCAUUUAUCAUUAAAAAAAUCACAAACAAGCUUUUUGGAUAUGAGCAUAUAAAAGCCCAAACAUGUAUUUUUAAAAUAUUUUUUUAUGGGUUUUCUUCAAUUUACGGAUAUUUUGUAUUGUCAAAUGAGCAGUGGGCAGGUAAUGUAAAUACAUAUCAUUUAACCUUUGGACCACUUCCAUAUCCGAAAAAGGUCUUAUUUUAUUACCUAGUAGAGUUUUCUUAUUAUUUUGUUGAAUUUCUAUAUUUAAUAAGUACUUAUUACAACAAAGAUAGAUUAGAGCUUUUAUUGCAUCAUCUAGCAACAAUUUCAUUGAUAUGUUUAUCUUUUCUAACUGACUAUGCACGUGUUGGGAUUGUGGUUAUGGGUUUACAUGAUGUUUCAGAUCCUUUCUUAGAAUCUAGUAAGCUUUUUCUGUACACGAAUAAGGUUUUAUUUGCUAAUAUUGGAUUUGUAAUAUUUACAUUUGUUUUUAUAACAAGUCGCAUAUUUUUUUAUCCUUAUUGGAUUUUAUAUCCGGCUGUGCUUUUUAUCAAAAAAUCAUUAAAUAUAGAAACUGUAAUUUGCGGUGUGUGCUUGUUUAUUUUAUAUCUGUUACAUAUUUAUUGGUCUUGUAUGAUUUUUAAAACUAUAAAAAAAAUUUUUGUAAAGCGAGAACUUAAAGAUGCAAGGUCAGAAAGUGUCGUCACACAAAAAUAA